AUGGCUUCCGGUUCAACUGGAGAUAAUAUGCAAGACGAAAGUGUCGGUCCCUCCAGACAAAUGGAUUCCGAUCCAACUGAACAGCCGGACAAUGUACGCAAAAAAUCCGUAACAACGGAGGAACAGAAGUACGAGUUGAAACGUAAGCAAAAGAAUCUCGAACGCGAAUCCUUAAAAAAGAAGUUAAAGCAGAAGAAUAAUAAGCGUUACAUGUGUGAUAAAUGCGGGAAAUUAUUUUCGAAUUUAUCCAACCUUAGAAGGCACAAAAGGACAUUUCAUAAUAAUGGCAAAGAAGACGCGGACUCGAAAGAUGAUAAGCAAGAGGAACGUCCUGGUCCCUCCAGACAAAUGGCUUCCGAUUCAACUAGAGAUAAUAUUUUUAUUAGCACACCACAUCCGAAAAACAUUCAGAGAUUAUCCAGAGAAUAUCCAGAAAACAUUCAAUCAUCCUCAGCAUCUUCUUUGAACGUCUUCGGGAUACGUGCACUGUUACGGACGCCAGACGAAAGUGUCGGUUCCUCCAGACAAAUGGCUUCCGGUUCAACUGGAGAUAAUAUGCAAGGCGAAAGUGUCGGUCCUUCCAGACAAAUGGAUUCCGAUCCAACUGAACAGCCGGACAAUGUAAGCAAAGAAUCCUUAAAAAAGAAGAAACAGGAAUACGACUUGUUGAGCCGUAAGAGAAUGAAGUGCGAAUUCUUAAAAAAAAAGGAACAGAAGUUGAAGCGUAAGAAAAGGAAGCUCGAAGACUCUGACGCGGACUCGAAAGAUGAUAAGCAAGAGGAACGUCCUGGUCCCUCCAGACAAAUGGCUUCCGAUUCAACUAGAGAUAAUAUUUUUAUUAGCACACCACAUCCGAAAAACAUUCAGAGAUUAUCCAGAGAAUAUCCAGAAAACAUUCAAUCAUCCUCAGCAUCUUCUUUGAACGUCUUCGGGAUACGUGCACUGUUACGGACGCCAGACGAAAGUGUCGGUUCCUCCAGACAAAUGGCUUCCGGUUCAACUGGAGAUAAUAUGCAAGGCGAAAGUGUCGGUCCUUCCAGACAAAUGGAUUCCGAUCCAACUGAACAGCCGGACAAUGUAAGCAAAGAAUCCUUAAAAAAGAAGAAACAGGAAUACGACUUGUUGAGCCGUAAGAGAAUGAAGUGCGAAUUCUUAAAAAAAAAGGAACAGAAGUUGAAGCGUAAGAAAAGGAAGCUCGAAGACUCUGACGCGGACUCGAAAGAUGAUAAGCAAGAGGAACGUCCUGGUCCCUCCAGACAAAUGGCUUCCAGUUCAACUAGAGAUAAUAUUUUUAUUAGCACACCACAUCCGAAAAACAUUCAGAGAUUAUCCAGAGAAUAUCCAGAAAACAUUCAAUCAUCCUCAGCAUCUUCUCUGAACGUCUUCGGGAUACGUGCACUGUUACGGACGCCAGACGAAAGUGUCGGUUCCUCCAGACAAAUGGCUUCCGGUUCAACUGGAGAUAAUAUGCAAGGCGAAAGUGUCGGUCCUUCCAGACAAAUGGAUUCCGAUCCAACUGAACAGCCGGACAAUGUAAGCAAAGAAUCUUUAAAAAAGAAGAAAAAGGAAUACGACUUGUUGAGCCGUAAGAGAAUGAAGUGCGAAUUCUUAAAAAAAAAGGAACAGAAGUUGAAGCGUAAGAAAAGGAAGCUCGAAGACUCUGACGCGGACUCGAAAGGUUUGUCUUAG